CCCGCCCGUUCGCUCAUCGACGGCCGUCUGCCUAACAGAGAAAGGCGUCUUCUUGAAAAGGGCCAUGCUCGAGUGACAGAAACGUACCCCAACUGCCGCCCGAGCUUAGUUACCAUAAUGGCGCACCCAACACCCAGCCUACCCCGGACAAGAGCUCGCGAACCAUCAAUGGCCCUCUGGACGACCUUUGUCGACCGAUGUCUGGACAAUCGCAUCAGUCCGGAAAAGCUUGAGAAGUUUGCGAUUGAGAUGCGGAAGAUGAUGCGCAGCGAUGGGACUGUGAUCGCGCAGGCGCUUUUCCGGCCCAGGUCGCGUGCGACCUCCUGCCUUGACCCUCUGGUCCCGGUGUACUUGGAGCGGCUGUUAGCGCUGGAUUUGCUGGGGCCUCCGGAUAUUCUCACUGCCCUCUUCCAUUACUCACGCGACCGCCCGGCUCGCGCGGAAGAGACGCCGAAGUCGCCCAAGAAGCAAAUAUCUCAUGGGCAUAUCACUCCGGAGAUGGAAGAACUUGUCUUUACCAGAUUGUCGAAGGCCUAUGAAACUGGCGAGAGGCCUAGGUCGGUGAAGGAGGUUCUAUCUACACUAGCGGUUCUCUCGCAGUGGAUGUCUGCUAUCGUCACGCCUCAUGCGGCUGAUCCGGUGAUGCAUUCGAUGCCCGAUGAAGCGCAGGCAACUCGAACUCAAUCAAUUCUGGUACUUGGGAUGUUGAUUACCUAUGUCAUGCAAAACGUAAAAGUCGCAGGUGUAAUGGAGGUGGCCUUGCCCAAAGCGCUGCGCAAAUCUUUGGCCCAAUCUUUGGCUUUGUUCAAUCCACAGUUGAGUCAGGCUGGGGGGAUAGCGUUAGCAGAAAGACUGGCCAUGUUUCAAAAGCAGUAUAACCUACUUGAAAACACUGGAACUGGCCCCAACGAUACUUCGGUUAGCCUCAGCAAUGAAGUUGCACUUUUGCAGCUCGAGAGCGUUAUGGACUUGCCUCUUAUCAACACUAGAGCGGGACUCUAUGUCUUUAUUAACUCUUUGCUCAUUGCUCGUCCUUUAACCGACGAUAAUAUGGUCCUAAGCUACCUGCACACUCGAUACAAGGGGGAUAUCCAAUCACUUGCUGUCGACCUCGUAACAGCUUCUUUCGAUGUCUUGGCGGCCAUGAACAAUGCCACCUAUGGAAGGACCGAAUCAAACGAAACGAUAUUCAACUUCAGGUCUUUCCUUGUCAACAAGAUACCCACGCUCCUGACGAUCCUCGCCGGAUCAAUGUUUCCGCCGCUGACCCCGGAGCUCUGCAUUACACAAGCACUGAACCAUAUUGAUCGUAAUGCCUUCCCGUCAUUUUCUCAAGCGUUUGACAUGACUGUCGGAAACAGCAUGCUAUCCGAUGUUCGGCAGGACUUUUUGUUUGCCUGUGCUUUGCAUCGACUCAUUCCUGAGUCUAGUAUCGAGCGUCUUCUCGGCGAGACGCCUAUGAGUAGCGUGCCAGAUUCGGGGAAGUACAUCAAGGAGAACUUGGUUGCCCAAUGUUCAACAAACUUUGAGCGUGUUGAGGAGCUUUUGAACGAGAUUGAGGGCAUGGAUGGUAAUGCUGGCGCAAUAGUAGCAGCUAUGACUGAGAUCAUCCGUAAUCUUUGUGCAACACGGGAGACGAUGUCUCUCAAGACUAUUUGCAACGCACUGUCACGCAAACCUCGGUCACUAGAUAUCAUGUUGCAGUAUACAUCGCCAAUCAGCAUCCUCCAGCCCAUAUGCCAGCUGCUUGACACAUGGAAGAACGAGGAAGAUCAAGGAGAAUAUCAGCCGGUGUAUGAUGAAUUCGGUGCGCUUUUGCUGCUUGUCCUGGCCUUCGUUCACCGUCACGAUCUACAAACGUACGAGCUCGGUCUUGAAGAAGGAUCUUUUGUUGCUCAGCUACUAGAACGUGGCCAUGUGAGCUUGCUGCCUUCAGAAAUGACCGAGGAGCAGAACAAGCACUUUUCUGGUUGGAUCCACGGAUUGUACGAUCCAGAGGGCAUCAGUGACGAGCUUUUAUCAAGCUGUCAGCCACAAGACUUUUAUUUGCUCGUGCCAACACUGUUCCACCAGACGAUAUAUGCGAUAUCAGAAGAUGUGCUCAGCCUCGAUACGGUGAAAGGCGGGCUGGAAUUCCUGCUGGAGACCUUCCUUCUUCCAUGCCUUGUUGGCGCCGUCCAAUGGAUGACCUCGUAUGCGCUUGAGCAGCCAUCCGAUCUCGACAUAACCAUGCAGGUCUUGACACGGCUCAUCCGACCCGCCUCUAUAUCAGGCGACGCCCAAGCAAUGCAUAGCACUAUCCUGGCAAUCGUCUCGCGGCGGCUCGAGCGCUGUCUCAAGAGCAUCCAGCACCGCGAACCACAACGCACCGACGUGGGCCCUCUACUAGACAUAGUCCACUCAUGUCACGACUGGGAACGCACGCCCUACCCAAGCAUGGCCGAGCUGGAGCCCUGGAUGGCAACGCCAGGCACAUCAACUCGCCUCUCACUACGCAACACGAUACAGUCCCUCGCGCUCUGGAACAGCACUGCAGACCUGAACCCCACACCGCCAGCAUACACGCACCGCCAGCUCUUCGUGGCGCUACAACUCUUCUCCCCACGCAAGGUCCUCCACGCUCUCCUCGACGAACUCAAAGCCCAAACCACGAGUGCAGGAGCCGGCGCCGGCGCCGUCGCCCUCGACAUCGCGACAAACAUGGUCUGCGCCCCGCUGCUCAAGAACAGCUGCACGCCGACGCAGUGGCUGGGGUCGCCGGUACCAGCGCCACCGCAGCCGCAUCCGCGACUGAAUUUACGCGAUACCCUCAAAGCGGAGCUCCACGAUGACGCGGCGGGCUUGCUGCAGCGCUGCGAGCCGGGUGUUGCGGAGGCGGCGAUCCGGCUGCUGCGCCGCGUGGAGGCGCAGUUGGCGGGCCCGGUAGCUGCGGCCGCGGCGGCAGUCGACCAUGUGGCGCUUGGGGGUGCAGAGGCGGGAGCCAUGAUGCAAGGAAUCGAGAUGGGCGGUACCGGGGGAAUGGACCUGAGCGGCGCAGGCGUGGGCGUGGGGAUCACAGGUGGGGGUAGUGGUGGUGGCGGAGGUGGGUCGGGAGAUGGUGCUGGAGCCGGUGGGGGUGGGGAUGCUGCUGGUGGGCAGGGCGCUGGUGCGCAGGAUUUGGGCGCUGGAUUGCAGGGCCAUGAGGGCUUGGAUUUGGGGGUUGGGACUGGUGGGGCGGAUGAUGGGGAGUUGGAUUUGGGCGCGCUGGGGGAGGGGACCGGUAUGGAGGGGGUUUUGGAUGCGGGAGGAAGUGCAGAUGAUGAUGUGUUUUCGGGGCUGGGGAUGAUUGAUGAUGAGUUUAAUUUCUGAGGAGUGGAUGGAG